CUGACCCUGACCCUGACCCUAACCCUAACCCUGACCCUGACCCUAACUCUGACUCUGAAGGGAGAGAGGCUGGUAAACACGGCCAGCAUAGCUUCCAGCUGUGAGGCAGGUUAGCAUAAAGGCUAAAUGAACCAACGCCAAAUCUCGCUCACCCUAGUUUUUAUAUGAAGUUAUACUGUAGUAUUGUAUGCUAACUGUCCAUAGUACUACUGUAGGGUUUCUAAAGGUAUUAUACGGUGACUGUGAUUAAUAUGUAGUAAGACUGCAGUAAAGGUGGUUAAACCGCUGGCUAGCAUUAGCCUCGUUUCCCCGGUGAAGCUAGCUGGGGACAGCAAGCUAAAGCUGCUAGCAGGAAUAGCAUCUGCUGCUAAAUGAACUAAUGUUAGUUUUUAGUGAAAACGGCCACACCUGAAACAAAAUGCGCAUUGCUGUGAAUCAGGUGUGAUGAAGCCAGGUUCCUGUACACCACGCCUGACUGUUCCUGCAUCACUGAACACAACAAGAGACUGAUCUGACUGAACAAAGUGUUGUGGGGAAAUAAAAGUCUGUUUAUUGCAGUUUGCUGUUGUGUUGUUGCUGUCUGCCUCGGUGUGAGGCUCCUCGCCAUAGCAGCUGCAUCCAGAGGAUAAAACACUGAAUACACAGGCUGAUAUGUCGCCAUGGUCCAGCUGUAUGGAAUAAAGGCUCUCAUGCUGUGAUAACAUGGGCUGCAGGUCUUCUCGCUGCCAUUUUCAGGCUCAGUUUGUUUGGUUUGGUGGCUGCUAGCAGCAAGAUGGCGGCUCCCAUCCCCGCCGCUGUGGAUCCGUAACUGCCAGUUUCCCUCAGCCUCCCUGUGUUCAGAGGGACACCCAGAGCAACCGGCCAGGCGCAGGCAGCAGCUGGACACAUAUUUACGUUUCUGAUCAGCUUAUAUUCACCAGAGCUGUCAGCGGGUUACAGGUUUUUUCUGCAAAGCGUCCACCGGGCUAAGAUGGCGGCUCCCAGGAUGCGGUAGUUGCAAAGCUACUUAACUAACCCGGUGAAGAUGAAGUAGAAACCCAAGUAGCACUGUUCUAUUUCAACGGCAUAGACGGCCGAAAUAAAGCCACUGACACCAAGUACAGCAACUGCUGCUCACCGCAGACCAAAUCUGAAAUCAGAACAAGAAAUCUGCUUAUUUUAACGCACUGCUAGCAUAGCUCACUCUGGCUAGGCUAGGCUAGGCUAGGCUAGCCGGCUAGUUAGCGCCGCUGUCAGAACAGAGGCUAGUGCCGUUAGCAGGGUUAGCCGAGCUGCACCCUGCACAGACCCAGCCAGCCACAGACACCAGGGGAAAUAAACAGGAGUGGAGUUUGGAACAGGUUGUUUGCACUGAAUUUGGAUUUUCUCCCUCAAGAGGACAGCAGCCAUGGCCUCGGAGCCGCCGGGCCGCCCCGCCGCGCUGCAGCCGCCGGGCCCCGCCGCCGCGCUGCAGCCGCGGUGGAAGCGGGUCCAGGGCUGGAGCGGCCCCGUGCCGCGGCCCCGCCACGGGCACCGAGCCGUGGCCAUCAAAGAGCUGAUGGUGGUGUUCGGAGGAGGGAACGAGGGCAUCGUGGACGAGCUUCACGUCUACAACACAGCCACCAACCAGUGGUUCAUCCCGGCGGUGCGCGGUGACAUCCCCCCGGGCUGCGCCGCCUACGGCUUCGUGUGUGACGGGACGAGGCUGCUGGUGUUCGGAGGGAUGGUGGAGUACGGCAAAUACAGCAGCGACCUGUAUGAGCUGCAGGCCAGUCGUUGGGAGUGGAAGCGUCUAAAGGCGAAGGCGCCAAAGAACGGCCCGCCCCCCUGCCCCCGCCUCGGACACAGCUUCUCCUUGAUUGGUAACCGCUGCUACCUGUUUGGAGGACUGGCCAAUGACAGCGAAGACCCCAAAAACAACAUCCCCCGGUACCUGAAUGACCUGUACACCCUGGAGCUGCGUCCGGGCUCCAGCGUGGUCGGCUGGGAGAUCCCGGUGACGGUGGGCUCGCCGCCGCCGCCCAGAGAGAGUCACACCGCCGUCACGUCGCAGAGAAGCAACACACUGAUCGUCUACGGAGGCAUGAGCGGCUGUCGCCUGGGAGACCUGUGGACCCUCUGCAUAGACUCUCUGACCUGGAGCAAGCCGAACAUCAGUGGGACCGCCCCCCUCCCCCGCAGCCUCCACUCUGCCACCACCAUCAACAACAAGAUGUAUGUGUUUGGUGGCUGGGUUCCUCUGGUGAUGGAUGAUGUUAAAGUGGCAACUCAUGAGAAGGAGUGGAAGUGCACCAACACACUGGCCUGCCUCAACCUGGACUCUAUGUGCUGGGAGACGGUGGUGAUGGACAGCCUGGAGGAGAACGUCCCGCGGGCGAGGGCGGGGCACUGCAGCGUGGCCAUCAACUCCAGGCUGUACGUGUGGAGCGGCCGGGACGGCUACAGGAAGGCCUGGAACAACCAGGUGUGCUGCAAGGACCUGUGGUACCUUGAGACAGAGCGUCCCGUGGCUCCGUCCCGGGUUCAGCUGGUUCGUGCCAACACGUCGUCUCUGGAGGUGAGUUGGGGUCCGUCUCAGACCGCCGACACCUACCUGCUGCAGCUGCAGAAGUAUGACAUCCCGGCCGCGCCCGCCGCCGCCACGCCCGCCUCCAGCCCGGCCUCUGCUCCUGCAGCCAGCUCCCCGAAGAGCCACAGCCUCGUCACCGCCACGCCGGCCAACCAGGCAGUCCCAAUGUCAGGCAUCACACUGAGCCCCUCCCCCACCGCCUCGCUGCCCACCAGCCCACUGGCUGCAAGAGCACCAGCUGUCCUGAAGGUUGCGGCAGCUCCCAGCUCCACCGGAGCAGCCUCCAUUGUCACCGUGCGACAGGCCACACCCAAAGCCCCUGUCGCCGUGACGACGCUUCCUGCUGGUGUUCGUAUGGUGGUGCCAGCGCAGGCCAGCCAGGGGACGCCAAUGGGCAGCAGCCCUCAGAUGAGUGGCAUGGCGGCACUGGCGGCGGCGGCCGCAGCCACUCAGAAGAUCCCGCCCUCUUCGGCGGCUGUGCUGAACGUCCCGGCCGGAGCUGCUCUUGUUAAAACAGUGGCCGUCAGCCCGGCGUCCAGCAGCCUGCCGGUCAAGGUCGCCGCACCUGUCAUGGUCAGUAAUCCAGCCACCAGGAUGCUGAAGACGGCAGCGGCUCAGGUGGGCGGGGCCACGGUAGUCUCCACCCCCGACACCCCCGGCCGGCCGAUCAUCACGGUGCACAAGUCUGGCACGGUGACGGUGGCCCAGCAGGCCCAGGUGGUUACCACGGUGAUGGGUGGAGUCACGAAGACCAUCACUCUGGUGAAGAGCCCGCUCAGCAUGGGAGGGGGCGGAGCUCUGAUCGGUAACCUUGGCAACCUGGGGAAGGUGAUGUCAGUCCAGACAGGAGGCGUGACUGGUCAAACUGCCCAGAUCAUACAGACGAAGGGGGGCGCUCUCCCGGCAGGCACCAUACUGAAGCUGGUGACAUCAUCAGACGGGAAACAGACCACCAUCCUCAGCACCACACAGGCCGGCGCCACGGCAACCAAGCCCACCAUCCUGGGUGUUUCCCCGGCAACCUCCAAACCAGGAACCACCAUCAUCAAGACCAUCCCGAUGUCUGCCCUGCAGGGGGGGGCAGGAGUGUCUGGCAGUAAGAGCCCCAUCACCAUCCUCACCACCAAGAUGGUGACAGCAGGAACUGCCGGCAAGAUCCUCACCACUGUCCCCAAAAUCUCUGCUGGGGGGCAGCAGGGCCUGACCCAGGUGGUUCUGAAAGGGGCUCCAGGUGCGCCUGGUACCAUCCUCAGGACUGUCCCCAUGAGUGGAGUCAGACUGGUGUCACCAGGAACUGCCGGCACCAAACCCACUGUCACCACGCUGGUUGUCAAGGCAACCACAGGUGUGUCCAGUCUGGCCUCAGUAACAGGAAGUGUUUCCACCAGUGUGGCAGGAGGAGGUGUGGCCACUGCUAACGCCUCCUUGGUAACACCCGUCACCACCCUGGCCACCAUUGGUACGCUGGCAAGCCAUGUUACCACGGCAGCAGCCACCGCAGCACCUACACAGGUGACUCUGAUCACAGCUCCCAGCGGCGUUGAGGCUCAGCCUCUGGCUCAGGAUCUGCCGGCCUCCAUCAUGGCUUCUCCCACCUCAGAGCACCCUGGGAGUACCCUGACUACUACGAGUACUACUGCAGAGGGGGAGUCAGAUACUGCUACAGGUACAGUGACCCUGGUCUGCUCCAACCCGCCCUGCGAGACGCAUGACACCGGCACCACCAACACCGCAACCGUCGCCACGGCAACCAUCGGUGGCAGCUCAGAGCGAGUAUGCUCCAACCCGCCCUGCGAGACGCACGACACCGGCACCACUAACACCGCAACCGUCGCCACGGCAACCAUCGGUGGCAGCACAGAGCGAGUAUGCUCCAACCCGCCCUGCGAGACGCACGACACCGGCACCACUAACACCGCAACCGUCGCCACGGCAACCAUCGGUGGCAGCACAGAGCGAGUAUGCUCCAACCCGCCCUGCGAGACGCACGACACCGGCACCACUAACACCGCAACGACCACUAGUGCCCGAGGACUCACUCAGGUGUGUUCUAACCCUCCAUGUGAGACUCAUGAAACUGGAACAACGAACACAGCGACGGACAGCCGAGCCUCUCUGACAUCACAGAGAGUCUGUUCCAACCCGCCAUGCGAGACACAUGAGACCGGAACCACCAACACCCCCACUACUGCUACAGCCCAGCAGGGCGGCGACAGCCUGCAGGGUGACGGCAGUUCCACCGACGCUACUUCCCCCGCAGACCCCGCCUCCUCCACCACAGUCAAUCCCGGCAGAGCUGUUACCACGGUUACACAGGCCACGCCCACCCCUGGGCCCUCCAUACCAGAGAUCUCCUCAUUGGUUGGAGAGGACAGGGCGGAGUCUUCUGCAGGUAUCGCCAUGGUGACAGCAGAGGAGGAGGAGCCGAUGCAGACACACAGCCAGUCAGAGGCAGUGAUGUCAUCAGCAGCCUCCAUGCUGCAAGUUCAUGUGGAAGCUAUGGACACACAGAGCACACAGAUGGCGUCCACUGACAGUGGUCUGCCUCAGGAGCUGAUGUCAUCAGAGGGGGACAGUGGAGAGGUGGUUACCGGGGCAACAACCCUCAUGGUGACAGGCUUGACCCCAGACCAGCUGGCUGUCACCACAGCAACAGAGGAUGCAGCACAGCAGGCAACAAUACAGGCGGUACUACAGGCAGCAAGACAGGCUGUGCUCACAGGUGAGGGCGCUGUGGACCCGUCCAUGUCCAUCGUGCUGACUCCGCAGGAGCUGGCAGCUCUGGUCCAACAGCAGCAGCUGCAGGAGCUCCAGAACCAGAACCAACCUGAACCUCAACCGGAACCCGAACCCAGCCAGCCCCCCCCCCUUCCCACAGAAGGCCUUGCUCCAGCCGACAGCCUGAACGACCCGGCAGCAGAGAGUAACGGGCACGAGCUGUCGUCGUCCGCGGUAACCAGCGCUGUGGCCCGAUUGGCCAGUACGUUUGGUCCAACCCCUCCCCUGUCAGCCGGCCAGGUUAAGAUACAGAGCGCCGCCACGGCAACUGACGUGGCCAAUGGCAUCAAGCAGGGUGUCCCGGAGGCGGCGGCGAAGCCGGCGGCGAAGAAGGACGGUCAGUGGUACGAUGUGGGCGUCGUCAAGGUGACCAACAUGGUGGUGACGCACUACUACGUCCCAUAUGACGACAACAUGGCCGACGUAAGCUUUCAGGACGGCUCGGGGGCGGGGCCAGACUACAGUCAGAUGAGGAAGGUGGAGCUCCAGCCCGGAACGGCCUACAAGUUCCGGGUGGCGGGGAUCAACAUCUGCGGGCGCGGGGCGUUCUCCGAGGUGUCGGCCUUCAAGACCUGCCUGCCCGGCUUCCCCGGGGCGCCCUGCGCCAUCAAGAUCAGCAAGAACCCGGACGGGGCCCAGCUGACGUGGGAGCCUCCCUCCGUCACGUCGGGGAAGAUCAUAGAGUACUCGGUGUACCUCGCCAUCCAGUCCAGCCAGGCGGACAAACCCAGCUCAGGCUCCGCCCCCGGCCCCGCCCAGCUGGCCUUCAUGCGGGUGUUCUGCGGGCCCAACCCGUCCUGCCUGGUGCCGUCGUCCAGCCUGGCCAACGCCCACAUCGACUACACCACCAAGCCCGCCAUCAUCUUCCGCAUCGCCGCACGCAACCAGAAGGGCUACGGGCCGGCCACGCAGGUCCGGUGGCUGCAGGAAACUGGGAAGGACGCAGUGAAACCAGCAGUGAAGAGACCAGGAGCCUCACCUGACAUGUAA